UUCCACGAACUAUGACUCGACACUUUUCUCUUACAAGCCAUCUUGCAUACAGAAAAGAACCUGCAUUUAGAUUGAGACAUUUGCAAAAUAGGAGAUUGGGAAAAAGACAACAAGUUUAAACAAGGUGAAGUGCAAACAUGACAACACAACCAUACUUGAACUUAACGAAUGAGAUGAUGGAUGAAGAUGCUAAAACUGACGUAAAGACAAGCCAGUUGCCACAACAAAUGCAACCCCAUCUGGUUGGCAAACCUGAAACAGCCACAUACGUAAUGGCGCCCACCACUAUCCAACCCACACAUCCAAAAUCCAUCGAUGGCAAUUACAGAACAAAGUGGGCUCACAAGGGUGCGCUGAUUCUGAGUAUCAUUAUAUUGAUUUCUGGCGGGAUUAUGCUCAUCAUGAACAUAGCAAGCUUGGCCAUGGGGAUCACAUUCCCUUUGCCGGGAACGGGAAUCUGGGGCUGCUUAGCUAUGAUGAUCAUUGGUGGAAUUGGUGUGGGUGCAUCAAGGAGAAAAUCAAAGUGCCUGAUCAUCGCAGUUAUGGUCCUUACUAUAAUAAUGGCUGUAGUGAGCAUCGCACUCUGUGCAUUUCAGAUCAUAUAUGCAUUGGCUAACAUUCCUUUCGAAUCUUGGGAUGAUGUACCUUUUGGACGAGAGAAUGUAAUCCGCCGAUUUGCUAUCAGCAUAGUGAUUGCAAUUUGCUUUUUGGUGGCGAUUGUCUCUGCUAUUGUUAUGUCUGCCUUGACCUGUCGUGCAUUGUGCUGUCAACCCGCUUCACAUAUGGUUCAGGUUGCGUAUAUACCCCAAUACAACUUGGCUCCUGCCCCUGAGAUGUUAAUGGCCCAAGGAGGACAUAAGGAGGCUAUAUUGGCAACAUCACAAGUCCAGCUACAGUCUCAGUGUAUUCAGAAGCAAGGGUUGAUGCAGCCCUAGAAUACAGCACCCCCCCCCUCCCCCAGAAGGGCAACUCCAAAUAAACGGACUGGAUCCAUUACAAUAAACAGCUUCAGCAAACAUUUUAUAGACAUGCAACAUAAUAGGAGAAACCCUUUAUUAAUCACAUGUUAUCCAAGAAUACAGCCACCAUGGCAAUUCUCCCAAAUACAGACUGGACCAAUAGACCCAUUGCAAUGAACAGCUUCAACAGACAUUUUAAAGAAGUUUGAAAAAUGUCCGCCUUUUAGACAAAGUGUCAUAGAACAGUGUGCGCCAUGCUUAUGCAAAUUUACAUAUCAAUUAUGAACAAAAUCACUCCACU